GAACUUCGCGAAGUCCUUACCGAAGCACAAAGCGAAGUCGCGACCGGCGGACGCAAGACGCUUUUGUUCGUGGACGAAAUCCAUCGCUUCAACAAGUCGCAGCAAGAUGCGCUUUUGCCUGAUGUCGAAAACGGGAUCGUCAUUCUUGUCGGAGCAACGACCAGCAAUCCGUUCUUUGCGGUCAACAGUGCUCUGGUCAGUCGUAGCCAGAUCUUUCAGUUUGAACCCCUUAGCGUGGAAGAAAUCCACGAGGUGCUCACCACUGCGCUGAACGAUCCGCAUCGGGGCCUCGGUAAAUUCGAGGUGAAACUGGACGACGACGCCGCGCACUUUCUGGGGGAAGUUUGCGACGGGGACGCCCGCCGGGCAUUGAACGCUUUGGAAAUCGGCGUCCUUUCUACCGAUCAAAAGCCGAUCCACUUCACCAAACAACUGGCCGAAGAAUCGAUUCAAAAAAAGGCCGUUCAGUACGAUCGCGAUGGCGACACCCACUACGACACGGCCAGUGCGUUGAUCAAAAGUAUUCGUGGCAGCGAUGUCGACGCGGCCAUCUAUUGGCUCGCGAAAAUGCUCGAAGGGGGCGAAGACAUCCGCUUCAUCACGCGGCGGCUGAUCAUCUCGGCCAGCGAAGACAUCGGUAACGCCGACCCUCACGCAUUGUCACUGGCCGUUUCCUGUAUGCAGGCCUGUGAAAUGAUCGGCCUGCCGGAAUGCCAACUCACGCUUUCGCAAACGGUCGCUUACUUGGCUUGUGCUCCGAAGAGCAACGCGGCGACUGUCGCGAUCGGUGAAGCCAGGGCCGACAUCCGCGAAGGGCGCGUCGAACCGGUUCCGACCCACCUUCGCGAUUCCCACUACGGCGGGGCGAAGGACCUCGGUCAUGGCGAAGGCUAUCAAUAUGCCCACAACGCGCCUGAUGGCAUCGCCGCUCAAAGCUAUUUAGCCAUCGACCGCGAAUACUACCGUCCGGUACCACGAGGCUUCGAGGCAACGCUGCAGAAACGGGUCGAAGUCUAUCGCAAACGGCUUCGCGGUGAAGAGGAGUAA